GCAGGCGGAGAAGGCACACGUCAAACUGAACACCAAGAGGCUGUAUCAGGCUGACGGAUACUCUGUGCAGGAGAUCUUGAAGGGCCUCACCUUGUUGUACUCCGCCAUCCAGGAGAACGAGGGGGAGAAAGACAUGGAUGACCAGGCAGAAACAACACUCAACUUCGAUGUUUCUAACAAGAUCUCUGAGUUGAAGCACAUAAGAACACUAGCCUCAGAGAUCACCAGGAGAGGAGCCACGCUCUUUGACCUCCUGUGUCGAGAGGUUGACCUCAGGGAGAUCCGUACUAGCAUCAUCAACAGACAGCUGGAACUGACGGAGGUGGAGGCUGGCAUCCAGACAGCCAUCCACACCUGUGAAGACGAAGGUAAACGUAACCAACAGGCUAUAGAAAACGUCGCCUCCGACGAGGCUAACCUCGACGCCAAGAUCGACAAGAAGAAAACCGGUCUUGAGCGGGGACAAAAGAGACUUCUGACACUGAAGAAAGUCAGGCCGGCCUUCAUGGAUGAAUACGAGAAGUUGGAACAGGACCUCAAACGUCAGUACGAGGCCUUCGUGCAGAAGUUUAUCAGCUUGUCGUAUCUCGAGAACCAGCUGGAUGACCACGAUCGUCUGGAGCACGAGAAGAUGGUGGAGAAGGAGUCGUCUACUCGUAAAAUGCUGGAGAGGUUACGAACUGAGGAGGUGAGACUGGGUGGCGCUGGUGACGACGACACCGACGACGAUGAUGAUGACGAUGAUGAUGACGAUGAUGAUGAAGGUGAGGCGCUGCUGAAGAACAUCGGGAAGGAGACGACCGUCGAGAAGGUGGCGAAGAAAAGUGCUGGGAAAGCUGGUCGUCGGGUCUUCGGCAACAUGGUGGGCGACUUCGACUCUGAAUCCCUUGACUCCGAUACCGAGCUCAACCUGGAAGGUGCCGGCGACUCCGACCUCGACGCCAACGACUUGGACCUUGUGGGUCCACCGGAGGUCGGGGGAGGUGCAGGAGGCGGGAUCCCCAUGGCUAACGGGGGAACUAAACUCAAAGGGCCCAGAAUGAGAGCCGCUGCGGCUCCACCACCAGACGAUGACGAUGACUUCUAAUGUUUUUGUGCUUAUGUAGAGUGAUACAGUGUAAUACACAGAUUAAAUUUAUAGAAGAACACACAUGGAUUGCUUUUAAGCAUUGUUCCUUAGAUACGUAGUAUACACUCAUUAGCCCGUCAGCAGUGUAUUGUUUGCAGUGAGGUCAAAAUAUACAAAACACCCUCUUGUUUCUGUGUCUCAGCGUGGCCAUCCAGAGGGAUAACAUUAGUUGCAUUCUCAGUUCACCGCUUUUGAGGAGCUGGAAAAGAUUUCUUAAUCUGUUUUAGUAUGUUGAUAUCAUGUAUAAAUGUUUGUUCUAGUUAAAUAAAACAAUUCUUAAAAUGUUGGUUGUUAGGAGAAGAAACUCUUCAAACACCACCAAGGAGAACUCUUAAGAUUGUUUUCUUGGAGAUAUUUAAUUUUCUCCACUGUUAUGGGUCCUCAAGACUUGUGUUUGUGAAAGAGAGAAAAACCUACAUGGAGAUAUAAACAAUGACAAGUGGCUGUUUUCAGCAGAUGGAAAAGAACGAGGCAGGAAGAGCAGGUGGUUCCUUACUGAAGAGGAGAGCUUACAAACUGUUGAGGAGAGCUUCAUAGUGUCAGGAUGAAGCUUCUUGGGUCCUCAAGAUGCUUGCAUGACAUCUCAGGGAUGGUUGCCCUUAUUUAAAAACGUGUGGGCGUCUGUGCUAUUGUUGCCUGAAUGCUUAAUUCAACUCGAUAUGGGUUCCAUCUUUUGCUGCAGAUUUAAUUAUUCCAUCUUAUUAUAAAUUUAUUCUCGAAAUUGCUGAAGUUUGCUUAUGCAUCAACUCCUGUUGUUUCAGUGGAUUUAAUUUUUCGGUUUUGCAUAUCAUUAGCCCAUGGGAUGUACUGUAUCAUUUGAAUUUUUAAUAUGCUGGGUCGGUGCAGAAUUCUUCUGACCUAUGUGAGUGCUUGUGUUCCAAUGUUUGAGUCCCAAAAUACCGGACAGUUUCCCCAUAUCUUUUUCUUGGUCCAGGAGGCUGCGACUUCGUAUCUUGCUGGCGGCCGCCACAAGAUUUUAUGGCGACCCGCAGCAACUUGAAAUAUUUACGAAUAGUAAAACUAAUAAAUCCUCAUUUUCAGUCACUGAAAGUUAAGGAUUUUAUUGCUCGUAGCAAUUUAUAAAUCAAAAUUUGUUAAAAUUUCAGUUCUAAUCUUUAAAUAUUUCAGAUAUACCCUUCAAUUAUGGAAUUAAAAGGUAAAAUAGUAGUGGAGAGUGAAUGUCGCUGUUUAAUGAAGAAUGUAGCGUAAAGUAUUUCCUUGUACAAGCAGGUGAUAAAGCCUUUAGUGUCGUGUGCCACGAAACUGUUGCAGUUUUGAAUGAGUACAAUGUACGUCGGUACUGUGAAGCCAAACUUAAACCAAGUUAUUCACAAUUUACAGGAACCCAGCGGUCGGAAAAUUUGAAUUAGUGCAAGAAAUUGAUUCCAAUUUUCCACAGAAAAGAGCUGACAAUAAAGCUUUAAUCAGGACCAGUUAUAAAGUAGCUUAUGUGUUAGCUAAAAAAGGGACGCCAUACACCGAUGGAGAUCUGAUCAAAGUGUGUAUGAUGGAAGAAGUGGAAGAGUUACGCCUAGAUAAAAAUCUUUUCAAAAUCCUCAGUCCUGCACAAAAUACUGUUGCUCGUAGAAUUGAUGAUAUUGGGAGUUACAAACAAGCAAGAAAUUUUCAGUUUUAUUCUCUCGCACUUGAUGAAUGGAAUGAUGUGACACAUCACAGCUCCUGGUACUCAUCCGUGGCGCCGACGAUGAAUUUAAUGUCACACAAGAAUUAGCAUCAGUGCUUAGCAUGCACAACACAGGAACCAAACGAGACUUAUACAAAGAAUUGCAAAAAAAAAAAAAAACUGUGUUAGAAUAUAACCUGGUGUAGAAUAAACUACAAUAUGUGACAACUGGAGGAAAAAUAUGUCUGAGGCGAAGAAAGGUUUGGAUGGACACAUCACAAAAGUUUGUGAGGAUGGUGGAUUCUCAAAGCCCAGGUUUCUGUAUUGUGUUAUCCAUCAUCAAGCAUUGUGCGGAUGUCUUACGUUUUGACAUGUGGUUCAACAGUGAAUUUCAUUCGAUCUCACGUGCUUAAUUAUUGCCAGUUUCGUGAUUUUCUGAAAGAAACUGAUUCUGAGUUCGUUGACUUGACUUGACUUGCCUUAUUAUACAGCAGUUGUUUGAAGGUUCUGUUACGGUUCUUUCAGCUCAAAAAGGAAACUAAUUCAUUUCUCACAAAGAAGAAUCGACCCGAACCACUUUUAUCCAACAUUGACUGACUUUGUAAACUGUCAUUUUUGUUGCAGAUGUGUCAAGCCGUAUGAAUCAAGUUGCAGUUGGUGAAACAAAUUUGAUUUGUGAUCUAUUCAUGCAUGUCAAAGCAUUCAGGGCAAAAUUGAUGCUAUUUGAAGGACAAUUGAAGGUUUCUAACUUGGUUCAUUUCCCAUGUGAAAAAAUUCAUGAAGAAAGUGAUGCAGAAUUUCCUUCGACAUAUGCAACAGAAAUCAUCAACGGCUUGCAAAAAAAUUUCAGAAAUGAUUUUCUGAUCUUGAUGGAAAAAUAUGAAAUAAAGCUGUUUCAAAAUGCAUUUGACUGCAGUGGCAUGCAAAGAGUAUGUUACAAUUCAUUCGGCGUAUGUCACACUCCCAUAUAGGCUGCCUCCCAACCAGCAAACCGGAUUCUCAGGGUUUAACGAUCAAUAGGGCACCUGUCGUUAAAUCAGUACCUUGGUUCAUUGACCAAUCACAGGUAAGCCCGCCAAAGCUGAAGCAAAUUGGUUCACUUGUGGUAAGCAUUGGCAGACUUGCCUACCUGCUGGUUGAGUACGGUGCACUCUCUGGCUUCUACUUUGAUAUCUGUCACCGUGGUGUGCACUUAUCAUUCCAUCUGUACAUAUUGUACAUACUAUACAUAUCUGUAUAUAGUGGGUGAAGGAAAAAUAUACAUUAUAAUCUACUGGUGAGUUUGUUUGCUCCAAUUCUCAUUAUGUCCAGGUCUCACAGGCCAUUCAUUACCUGUGUUCAUAAUAACUGCAGUGUUGAAACACUCUAAAGUCAGUUUCAAACGGAAAUUACUGAUCUCCAAUCAGAUACGCUGAAAGAAAAGUGUAAAGAAGGAAAUCCGAUCCAAUUUUAUUAAUCUUUACAGCCUGAACAGUUUCUCAAAAUUUGAAGCGAUUUUCUUGUGGAUUCUUAUCAGUUUUUGGUACAACGUACCUUUAUGAACAACCAUUUUCAAAAAAAUGAAGUAUGUCAAGUCCAAAUAUCGCACAAAUUUAUCUGAUGAUCAUUUGAAGUCCAUUCUGAUAAUUGGCUCCUCGAGCUUGAAACCUCAAUUAAGCAAUAAUCUGAAAUUAAAAAAGAAAACAGUUCCAUUAUUCUCAUUAAUCUUGUGCAAAUUAAUCAUCUGCCAUCUUUCUCAUCUGCUGUUUAAUAAUUGAUUAUAAUGUUAAAGCAUUGGCUUAUGUCUGACAUUUUUAUUCAUUAUACAGUGGUACCUCGGUAUACGUCCACUUUGGAAUAAGUCCAACUUGGUAUACGUCCUGUUAGGUAUAAAUCCAAGGUCCUGGAAUGGAUUAAGGACGUAUACUGAGGUACCACUGUACAUAAUUUCUCAAUGUAAACAUGGUAUUGCUUUUUCGUAAUUAUCACAUUUUUUCUUUUGUUCUGACUCAUAUUAUGCUAAUUAU